CACUACAUACACAACCAUCAUCAUCAUCACUAGCAACUUCAACACAUCAAUAUUUAUCAGCAAAACGAUGUCAAAGUGCACAAUCAUCAUUAUCAACAUCAGCAGCUGAUUUACGUGAAUUAACAAAUACACUCCAAGAAUUAAAUAAUCAUUUUAAAAAAAAUGCCAAAAUUUUAUCAGAAAUUAAAGAUAAUAUUGUUAAAGCAAAUGAAAAACCAGACACAAGACCAGCUGAUGAUACUUCUGGUGUACAUAAACUUGAAAGAGUAACUGUUGAAUUACGAUUAGUAUUUUUAAAAAUUGGCGAAAUCGAUACAUUAAAAGAACAAUUUCAAGCUGAAGCAUUUAUUCAAGCACGUUGGUAUGAACCAACUUUAAAAGGCACGGAUAUUGAUUGUUUUGAUGCAAGUAAAUUUUGGAAUCCACUAUUAUAUAUUGAUAAUUCAGUUGGAGAUCUUAAAAAUGAUGUUUGGCAUAAAGUUGUUUAUGAUGGUAUUGAUACACCAAUGAUUUAUGAAAUGAGAAAAAUUAAAGGUGUAUUUCUUGAAAAUCUUGAACUUAAUGAUUUUCCUGUUGAUGUUCAAGAUUUAACAAUAACAGUUUCAACAACAAGAACUGUUAAUGAAGUAUUACUUACUGCUGACACACAUCAAUUAAGUGCUAUUAAUACACAUGCAUUUAUUGAUCAACAAGAAUGGCGUCUACAUGAACAUGUUGAAACAUCUACUAAAUUAUUAUCAAGUCCAUUUACACCAUCACAAAAUCAACAUCCUGCUUUUUCAGCUACUUGUCAUGCUGCACGUCGACCCGGUUAUUUCUAUUGGAAUGUUUAUUUUCUAAUUUUUUUCAUAACAGUAAUGGCUUUUACCACAUUUAGUGUUACUUAUAAUCUUCCGCAAAAUCGUCUUCAAUUAAGUUUUACUCUUCUAUUAACAGCUGUUACAUUUAAAUGGGUAGUUGUUCGAUGUUUACCAACAAUAUCUUAUUUAACAACAUUAGAUAAAUAUGUUCUAUUAUCAAUGGUAAUGUUAUGUGUAGUUUGUGCUUGGCAUUCUAUAAUUGCUGUAUGUCCAACGGAUGUGGCACCACGUUGGGAUAAUUUGGCAUUCAUAACAUUAGUUGUAAUUUAUACAUUAUUUCAUCUAGUAUUUUUUCUUUGGAUGUAUUUUGUUACUUAUCGACGACGACGUGUGAUGAAACGUAAAGAUAAAGAAUAUUUAAAAGCGCGUUUGGAACGUUUAAAUUCUGUUGGUCAUGGAGGCAGUGAAUCUGAUGAAUAUGCUGGUUCAGCUGCAACAACAGUUGUACGUAAAACAUUACCACCAAGAAAAAGUCUUCAACGUUUAUCAAGUGCAUCUGAUAAAGAAUCUCGAUCGAAUUCUGUUGAACAAAAUCAUAAAAUUUUAACAAAUAAACAUGCACUUGAACAACAGCAACAUCGUGCAUCAAUGAGACAAUCUAUAGCAAACCCUAAUUCAAAUCCUUUUCAAACUAAUUAUACAGGUCAACAAAUAUUAUUAACUUCUGGUGAUAUUGAAGCAAUGACAAUGAAGCAAUUUCGUAUUGGUACACUUGGAUGUUAA